AUAUCCAUUCUCUCCCUCUCUCCCUCUCUCCCUCUCUCCCACACAUACACACACAAUUUAGAUUAGCUGCGUCUUCAUCCUCCCUCCUCCUGCAAAUUUUCGGCCUCUAAAUUCGCAAAACUAUUAUAAAAUUUACAUCGUUUCCAAGUUGCUCGCCAAGAGGAUCAAAAUGGCGCUUGCUUCCACGGUAGCGACAACUCAAAAGAUGCGAUCCCUUCCUCAGGCUUGUUGCAGGAAAAAGGAGAGAGAUCGAGAUCACCAUAACUACCCUUUCAGGGUUGUCGAGAUCACGCCACCACCUAGAAACCUCGGUGUCCGACGCUUGCCCUCGAAUAUUCACUGUGGGGAAAGUGUGACCAUAGAAGGGCAACCAUAUACUGUUUCAGCUGUUAUCCAUAGGUACCAACUGCGCAGGGGAAAAUAUGAGCCAAGAGAGAGCAGGGUUGAUGUUCAAUUAACUGGAAGAUAUAUUCUUAACUUGUACCUUGAGAAUCUUCUCGAACAAUCAUAAUCAUAUUAAAAACUUGAAUUUUGCAUUCCCUUUUUGUAAAUUAUUUUCUUUUUGGCAUGACAGUCCAAAGAAGAUAAAUUAUUUAUCCCUUUAAUCUGUCUGCUGUGAGAAGAUAAAACAAUAAAUUCUCAGCCUACAAAUUGUCAGCCUAA